CAAAAGAAAAAUAGACAAAAAGGCUUGGGUUCGGACCCAAUUUUCGCAGGAAUUGAAGGGGAAAACAAGGAAAAACGCAUAGUUAAAUAAUGUAACUUACGUAUACACUGGCAUAGUAAGUAACAGUAACCACGCGGGCGCAAGACGCCCCCUUUUCGAUAAGUGAACGCGAAGGGUGAUGCGAAACCAAACAGUGCAAAAAAGUGAACAAGAAAAUCUGAAAAUCCGGAGAUUGGAGGAUACGAAAAAAAAAGAGAAAUAAAACCGAUUCGUUCCAAGACCGGAACCAGAGACCAAGGAAUUAAGGAUUUAGGAUUUCAAGUUGUGCGAUGAGUUUCCUGCCGGGCGAGCCGGUACCGCCCGGUUUCGAGGAGGACGACGACGUGACCCGCACGGCGGUCAUACAAAAGCAGAUCGAGAGCUACACCGGUGGACCACUGAUCGGCACCGAAUACACCAUCGAGCUGCACGAGCCGGUCCAACUGCGUCCGGAUUACUUCUGUGUGCUGUGCCAGACCUGCACGGAUGCACGCACCGUGUUUGUGCACUGGACAUCGCAGGCGCACCGCACCAAGUACCUGCAAACCCACUUCCAGAAGGCCUACAAUGAGCUGCAGAAGCUGAAGCGCACCCCCAACAGCUCUGGGGACCUGGUGAUUGCCACUGGGAACUUGGUCAAGUGCAUUGAGAAGCACUUCGGCAGGUCGCGCAAUCUCAUGACUGCAACUGGUGAGGAUUUUCGGCGUUUUCGCGCCAAAAUCUGCAGUCAGGUGCGGGAUAGCUUUCAUUUCGAUGAGUGCGCUGGGCCAGAUUUUUCCGAUGACGCUCAGCGCGUGAUCCGCGAACUGAAAUCUGAUGAUUCCAUUAAGAUCAGCUUGAAGAUGAACGACGACGGACCCGGGGACGGCAACGACCAGCAUGUUGAUGGAAAUAUUAUUGCCUUGGAUGCCAUAUCCAGUGAUGAUGAGAGCUUUGGCGGGCCAACGGCUCCGGUUGUGCAGAUGUCGAAGGGGCUGUUGCGCAAGAAGAAUCAGCUGGCCGAAGAUGCCAGCGGGCGUGGCAAAAAUCGCUCGCCCCCACCUCCCGGGGGCGUGAACAAAACCCAGCACCUGCCCACGCCCAAGGAGCUGUCUAUUCAGGCCUCUUUAAUUGCCCAAGAGCGCUACAAAUGGGAGAAGUUCCGUUGCAUGCUGGAACUUCAGCUCAAGCAGCUGCGCGAUGAAACGGAGACGUACGAAUCGAAUCCCGAGAAACAUCCCGAUUACCCGGAUGAGUGGAAACAGUUCUGGAAUCGGCGCUACAAGCAGCUGCAGGAGGAGAAGAAGUGCGAUCCGAAUCAAUACGACUACAAGCCGGAGUGGAUUAGCUACUGGAAGGAUCGCCGCAUCGAACUGUUCAACAUAUCGGUGAAUAAAAUCAAGAAAGAUCUCAAAGAGAAGUUCAAGCUGGGCGACGAGGACGAAGAGAAGACCAAGGAGCUGAUGGAGCGCUACAAGAUCCGUGUGGCCAGUCCGCGUGAGGUGCCUGCCCCCACCAAUGCCGCCAAUCGUCGCAAGCCGAACUUCCGCAGCAAUCGUCCAAUAGGUGGGACUGGCGGAGCACCCGAAGCCGUCAUCGAUAUCAGCGAUGAUGAGGCCGAGAGUCCUCCGUCUCGUGGUCGUGGCUCCUACAAUCGGCGCUCCCUCUCUCAUUCGUUGUCCCCCAAACGAGGUGGUGGCGGCGGACGUCGUCCCUUACGGCGCUCCCGCAGUCGUUCGCCGCGUCGCAACUAUAGGCGACCAACUUCACGCUCCCGCUCGCGUUCGCGCAGCCUGAGACGCCGGUCUCGCUCGCCGCCGUUCUACCGUGGCCGUGGUCAUGGUCCACCAUCCAGGGAGCGUGCUAUGUCGCCUGGCUCCAGGGACUACGGUGAUCGGCGCAGCUUGGAGCGGGAUCGUGAGCGCGAGCGCUCUUCCGAGUACUAUCCCCGAAACGAGGGCUAUGCUCGAGCAUCGCGCGGCUAUGAGCAUGUGGAGACCUUCCGCGUAUUGGAUUCCCGCGUGUAUCCUGAGUACAAUAUGACCAAGGUGCGCUCGAUUUCGCCUGCCGUUUCGUCCAUCAAGGAGAAGGAACCAUCGGAGCCCGUUGAGGAGGGACCACUGACUGUGGUCAGUGUGCUGCGCAUGCUGUCCGCCGUCGAGGAGCACCUGGGCAGCCUGGGACCCAAGGCCCUCAAUCUGCUUAGCAAGGCACUGGCCAUGGAGAUGGUGCAGCCCAAUGCAGCCGAGGAUUUGCUGCUGAACGACGACAACUGUGUGUUCCUAGAGACCACCAAGGAGAAGCUUAAGGGCAUUCUCAUCGCCGAGGUGCUGGACGAUCCGCAAAAGGUGCGCGUGGUCAAGAAACUAAUCACGAACAUAGCAGCCGUCAUCUUUCAGGCGAACGCCAAAGGUUCCACCGAUGUCGUCGAGGCCAAGGUUAAGGCAAAUGCCAAUCCGGCGCCCAUACAGCUGCCCUUCGAUCGCAACGUGGUGGCCCCCAAGUUGGCCAAUGCGCUGGUACUCAAGGGAUACUACGACGUGACCACCGGCGACAUGAACAAUCUGCUCCACCUGCUAACGCUGCUGGUGAAGACGGACAAACAGCGCCGCCAGGUGGACAAGAACAACAGCCUGACAUUCGAGGAGAUAAAGGCAAAGCUCGGUCUGCAAAAUGAGCCGUCGCCCGAUAACAUGGGCAUUGAUCUGGACGAGCUGAUGAAGGAGGUGGAGCACCAGCUGAACAAGGAGUCCGUCGACGUGGUGCCCGCCGCUCCGGGAGCAGCGGCCAAGGUUCAAGCUGAUGCAGCCGGUGGCAGCAGUGGCAUGGAAUCGCUAACGGAUUCAGAUCUCCAGACCCUGCUGCAGAACUUCAAGUUUCUGUCGAACGAGGAGCAGGUGCAUCUCAUUGGCCAUCUGCGCAAGCUGGAGGUACAGGAGCCGUCGCGCGUAGAGCGUCUGCGCAAGUACGUGAACCUGGCGGAGCUCAGCGGGGAUGGCGAGUCCUGCAGUGAUUUUCUGUCGCGCGUGGUGAACAUUGGUGGGGCAACCAAGGCGGUGGCGGCUACCAAGUCCAAGGCUUCGGCAUUGGGUGGCAGGAUCUCCGCCGUGGCCGCCAUCGCCUCGGCUCCGAAAGCAGGUCUCUCCUCGCUGAGCGCCCGCCGUCCCAGUUUGGAUCGUGAGCGGGAUCGGGAGCGGGAUCUGUCCAGUCUGCCCAUCAACAAGCAGCGACGCGGCCGGAACACGCCCAGCUUCAUGCUCGACGACGAUGACGAGGAAGAUGAUGAUUACAACUUUGACGAUUUGGUGAUGAAGGCCUGUGAUUCGAAUGGCGGCGGUGGGAGUGGUGCCGGCGGCCCCAAUAAGGCAGGUGGGCCGCCCGUAAUACCCGUGGAAUCGUCGCCAAAUGCGCUCACUUUUAAGCCGGCAGCCACGACCAAGAUUUCGCUGAAAGACACCGAGAGCAUUAUAGCCAACCUAAUGGGCACUUUGAGCAAGGGCGGGAGCUCUGGCGGUUCACCCUCGGGUGGAAAUCGCAACUACAUGAUGAACCAACCGCAUCCGCAGCAUGGUGCGCCCAAUGCGCCGAGCCUAAGUCAGAAGCCAGGCCAGAACCUUGGCCAGAAGCAGUCCGGAGCAGGAGCAGGCUAUUCCAAUGCGGGCUAUCCAGGGCAGCAGCAGCAGCAGGGCCGGAGCUUUGGCCAGGAACCCCAGCAGCUGAUGAGCGGUUUGAGCGGCGGACCGGAUGCCAACCCGUAUCCGAAUCAGCAGGGCUACGGCGGCUAUCAUCCGUUUGCGGGCAAUGGCGUGCAGCAGAACUACGGGGGCAUGGGACCAGGGCCAGGUGGCUACGGCGGAGCGCCCAUUAACCCGUGGGCCAACAAUGCGCCGCCACAGCCGCCCUUUAACCAGAUGCCCCAGAACUUUAUGGGCGCCCAGCAACAGCAGCCGCACUAUAACAACAUGUUCGGUGGGCGUCACUAGAACGUCUUAGCCUUAGAUAACCUAACCAUUAAAUUUAUGCGAGUUAAACGUUAUGUAGGAACGAGAAACAUCCUUUGAAGUGCCCGUGUAUCUGCUAGUUGACAAGUGAUUUAUAUGACACUUUUUUUUUCAUACACGUGUGCCGCUGCCAAAAAUGAUCACAACCUUCUUUUGUUUACAAAACACUGAAAACAAUCCAAUUCAGAAAACAUAAAUCUGAAGAGCACGUGAAUAAACAUACACAAUAAUUCCUAAAACCA